UUCAAUAGUCCCACUUUAAGACAUCUCUCCUCCAUCAGGAUUAGGGUUUAGUGGUUCUUUGUUUUUUCAGCGAUUCAGAGUGAGAAAGGUGUGCGAGAGAAAAAUGUCGAAGAAGAACGAUCUAGCUCGUAGAAAAAGGCAGCAUGAAUUCGAACUCAAAAGGGAGAAAGAAGAAAGGGAAAAGAAGGCAAAGAAGCUUCAGGCAAAGAAGAGCAAGAUGAAAGUUGAUGGUAAUGAGAAGAAAACGAAGGGUGGAGGUUUUAAAGUAGGCAAGAAAAAGUUCAAGACCAAAAUGACGGCGCUGAAUAAGGCUAAAGCCGCCCAAGCAAUGGAGGUUGACAAAUGAGGUUCAGUCGCAAUGGUUAUCUGUGUAUGUUAAGAAGUAUUGAAAGAAAUGGUUAUGAAUUUGCCUUUUUGAUAUUUAUUUUAGGUUUCUCUGAUGUUGUUGGUCAUUGUCACAAUUUUGCUCCUUUGAUUACGAGUACAAUGUCGAAUUUUAGUUGGAAAAUUCGUAUUGUUAGACAAUGCCACAACAUUGUUCUUACCCUGUUUCCAGUGUGUUUGUGGCUUAAUUAAUAGUUAGAAUGCUGACGAUGAUAGAGCAAAGACAUUAAAUGUCUUAUGACAUAUGGCUUGUAUGUUGUAAAAGUGAAGAUUGUGAUUUAGUAUCUUAA